AUGAGUGCUUCUGCCCGUCCAUCCUCUUCCGACAAUGGCGGCGACGCCAGCGAAGGCGUCAGGUCGCCGCGAGGUGUAUGUCCCGACUGUAACAGGUCCUUCAAAGAUCUCAAGGCGCACACCUUUACACACGCGAGAGAGAGACCUGAAAAGUGUCCAAUCAAGGCGUGCGAAUACCAUGUCAGAGGCUUCUCGAGAAAACACGACAGGAAUCGACAUGCUCUGAACCACUACAGGGGCACAUUAAUCUGCGGUUUUUGCCCCGGCCUUGGGUCACCAGCAGAAAUCUCGUUCAAUCGCCUCGAUUUGUUCAGAAAGCACGUUGUGGAGAUCCAUGGGGUCCCAAAGAAGCCGCCUAACGGUCCCAGGCUACCGGGCACUAGAUCUGGUGUCGAGGCGGUUGGCGAUUGUAAUAUCUGCGGGCAGACUUUCUUGAGCCCUGACGACUUGUAUGACCAUCUAGAUGACUGCGUGCUCAGUGUGCUCAACGAGGAAGAUCCUGCUGGGGCAAUCAACGAGAAACUCUUGGCCGAGGUUGCAACUUGCUCCCCAGAGUUGUAUCAGGGGGAGCCACCACCCAUCACAGGCAGGGAGAAUAAUCUUCACAUGGACGCCCGGAGAUCAUCCAAUUCAUUUUCUCCAUCCGACACACGAAAUCGAAGAAACCGGGGCCACUAUCCUGCAGCGUGGGGAUUCGAUGAUAGCCAAUUGUCAUUAAAGAAGCGGGUCACAGCCGUCUUCAACGGCCCUAUUCGACUGGCCAGGGACGAGGUCCUGCUGUCAAGGGACCUUGAAAUUCGCCUCAAGUUGUCUGAUGGUGUAUCAUAUGUGACCGAUCUCGACGUGAUGACUCUCAACAGAGCAGAAGCUAUCUUUGCAUGGCCGGAGGAGGCAGCGCUGAGCGCGACACAACAAGUUCCUCAGACAUCGCAUAUGGGCGAUUGA